AUGUCUCGACACAAUCGACUCCUUCCAGCUAAAUUUGCAGAGCCAGGCUGCCGCUUCCAUCAUGUACACAUGGACAUUGUAGGUCCCCUACCAGACAGUCACGGGUUUAAAUACUGCCUCACUAUCAUUGACAGAUUUUCUUGGUGGCCUGAGGCUGUUCCUCUCCAAAACAUCGAGGCAUCAACCAUCUGUAGAGCAUUCGUGGAUCAAUGGAUAUCUCGGUACGGAGCGCCCGAAACACUAACUACAGAACAGGGCAGUCAAUUCGAAUCACAGCUAUUCAGCACCCUUCUGCAACUAAUUGGCAUGAAUCGCAUUCGCACCAACGCCUACCAUCCGGCUUCCAAUGGAAUCAUGGAAAGGUGGCACAGGACUCUCAAGACAGCCAUCAUGUGUCAUGCAGACCACGACUGGUCUCGCUCGUUUUCAACCGUGUUAUUAGGACUUAGAUCCAAUGACACCGAAACCGGGGCAUCACCGGCAGAAUUCAUAUUCGGCACCACACUUCGAAAUCCCGGGGAGUUCGUACUACCUGAGGAUUUCUCACCGAACCCGCAUGUUUUUCUGGAAGAGUUCGGCGAAUACAUGCGAAAGGUAAAACCGGUACCCGUUGCUCAGAAGUAUAAGCGCAAUGUAUUCGUGUUUAAAGAGCUCAAGAGCUGCUCUCAUGUUUUCCUUCGCGUCAAUGCCCGGAAAUCUGUCGAGCGAUCCUACACCGAUCCUCAUAAAAUACUCAACAGAACCUUAGACAGAGUUUACGAAAUUAAAGUGAAGGGUUUUCCCUGCCAGAUUUUUAUCAAGAAUAUCAAACCCGCAUAUUUCGUACGCGAGGAAAUUGGCAAUCUACUUCAGCUCGAUAGUAGCGGAUCUGAAUCAACCAAUGUCAAUACAGUCAUUCGUACCUAUUCUCGCCCAAAGAAGGUCAUUUUUACUGCAUAA